GCGCGCGCGCCGCACGCCCUCACGACACCCGCGUCUUCACCGCGCUUACCCCCCGCCCGCGCCUCUCCGAACAUGGCGCCAACGCUCAAGCUCGUGUACUUCGACGUCAUGGCCCGAGGCCUCCCUCUCGUGAUGUGCCUCGAGCACGGCGGCCUGGAGUACGAGGCGAAAAACGUCCUGCGCGGCGAUCUCGAUUGGGCGGCGAUGAAAGCAUCGGACGACGCGCCGUUCGACCAGCUCCCCGUUCUCUUCGUGGACGGGAAGCCGAUCGCGCAGACCGCGGCGUGCGCGCACGUCAUCGGCAAGAUCGCGGGCACGGACGGCGGCGACGACAUCGCGGACUACGCCGUCUCCUCGAUGCUGAUCUCGGAGACGGAAGACAUCUACAAGGAUCUCGCCAAGGGCGCGGUGACGCAGUUCAAAGAGCUCGGCGACCGCGCGGAGGACAACAAGGCGAUGUGGGCGGAGGCGUUUCCGAAACACUACGCGAUGCUCGAGAAGCUCGUCGUCGCGGGCGGCGACGCGUUCACGUCCACGGGCGUCUCCGUCGGCGAGUUCUACCUCUGGUCCAUCCUUCAUCAGGUCUCGCUCAUGGCGGGCGAAGCCGGGAAGACGUCGCUCGACGCGUUUCCAAAGCUGAAGGCGUUUUACGACCGCGUCGCGUCGAUGGAGAAGACCAAGGCGGUCCUCGAGGGGAAGACCGCGAUGGGCCCGAGCCUGUGGGGGCAGUACUUCAUCGAGUGAGCGCCCGUCUGGAGGAAGAGAGGAGAGGAGAGGCGCGUUCGUUGUUUACCAUUUUUUGACACACCAUUUUUUGACGC